UAACAACUGUAAGGGAACUUGCAUUUAUUUUAUAAAUUGCAAUCAUUUUUCCUAUAAAAUCUGAUGUCUGCAGCUGGAAAAUCAGGGGCAUAUGGAGCAAUGUUGGAAGAAGACACAGAUCAAACUUAUGAGAAUGUCCUGGCUGAGAUUCAAUCUUUUGAGUUGCCCAUUGAAGCUACUCUAAGGUCGGUAUAUGAUGACCAACCAAAUUCACACAAGAAGUUCAUGGAAAAGUUAGAUGCUUGUAUCCGUAAUCAUGACAAGGAAAUUGAAAAGAUGUGUAAUUUUCAUCAUCAGGGUUUUGUAGAUGCUAUUACAGAACUCCUUAAAGUAAGGACUGAUGCAGAAAAACUGAAGGUGCAAGUUACUGAUACCAACCGAAGGUUUCAAGAUGCUGGAAAAGAGGUGAUAGUCCAAACAGAAGAUAUUAUUCGAUGUAGAAUUCAGCAGAGGAAUAUUACAACUGUAGUAGAAAAAUUGCAGUUAUGUCUUCCAGUUCUGGAAAUGUACAGUAAACUAAAAGAACAGAUGAGUGCAAAAAGGUAUUAUUCUGCCCUAAAAACUAUGGAACAGUUAGAGAAUGUAUACUUUCCCCGGGUUAGUCAAUACCGGUUUUGUCAGCUAAUGAUAGAAAAUCUUCCUAAACUUCGUGAGGAUAUUAAGGAAAUUUCCAUGUCUGAUCUCAAAGACUUUUUGGAAAGCAUUCGAAAACAUUCUGACAAAAUAGGUGAAACAGCAAUGAAACAGGCACAACAGCAGAAAGCUUUUAGUGUUGCUCUGCAGAAGCAAAAUAAUGUGAAAUUUGGGAAGAAUAUGUAUAUAAAUCAUGAUAGAAUUCCAGAAGAAAAGAGUGAAAUUGUAUUGAGACAUGCACUUGAGGAAGAGGAUGAGAAUGAAGAGGAGGUCUUAACUGUUCAGGAUCUUGUUGAUUUUUCUCCUGUUUACCGAUGUUUACACAUUUAUUCUGUUUUGGGUGAUGAAGAAACAUUUGAAAAUUACUACCGAAAACAGAGAAAGAAACAAGCAAGACUGGUAUUACAACCCCAAUCAAGUAUGCAUGAAACAGUUGAUGGCUAUAGAAGAUAUUUCACUCAAAUUGUAGGGUUCUUUGUUGUGGAAGAUCACAUUUUACAUGUGACUCAAGGAUUAGUAACCAGGGCAUACACUGAUGAACUUUGGAACAUGGCCCUCUCAAAGAUAAUUGCUGUCCUUAGAGCUCAUUCAUCUUAUUGCACUGAUCCUGAUCUUGUUCUGGAACUGAAGAAUCUCAUUGUAAUUUUUGCAGACACUUUGCAGGGUUAUGGUUUUCCAGUGAACCGACUUUUUGACCUUUUAUUUGAAAUAAGAGAUCAAUACAAUGAAACACUGCUUAAGAAAUGGGCUGGAGUAUUCAGGGACAUUUUUGAAGAAGAUAAUUAUAGCCCCAUCCCUAUUGUCAGUGAAGAAGAGUAUAGAAUAGUCACCAGCAAGUUUCCUUUUCAAGAUCCGGACCUUGAAAAGCAAUCUUUCCCCAAAAAAUUCCCCAUGUCUCAGUCAGUGCCUCAUAUAUACAUUCAAGUUAAAGAAUUUAUUUAUGCCAGCCUUAAAUUUUCAGAGUCACUACACCGGAGUUCAACAGAAAUAGAUGAUAUGCUUAGGAAAUCAACAAAUCUGCUGCUGACCAGAACUUUGAGUAGCUGUUUACUGAACCUUAUUAGAAAGCCUCAUAUAGGUCUGACAGAGCUUGUGCAAAUCAUCAUAAACACAACACAUCUGGAACAAGCUUGUAAAUACCUUGAGGACUUUAUAACUAACAUUACAAAUAUUUCUCAAGAAACUGUUCAUACCACAAGACUUUAUGGACUUUCUACUUUUAAGGAUGCUCGACAUGCUGCAGAAGGAGAAAUAUAUACCAAACUUAAUCAAAAAAUAGAUGAAUUUGUUCAGCUUGCUGAUUAUGACUGGACAAUGUCUGAACCAGAUGGAAGAGCUAGUGGUUAUUUAAUGGAUCUUAUUAAUUUUUUGAGAAGUAUCUUUCAAGUGUUUACACAUUUGCCUACCAACAAUGAUUAUGCAGCCAUGUCGGGGAAAGUUGCCCAGACAGCUUGCAUGUCAGCCUGCCAGCAUCUGUCAACAUCCUUGAUGCAAAUGCUACUGGAUAGUGAGUUAAAACAGAUAAGCAUGGGAGCUGUUCAGCAAUUUAACUUGGAUGUCAUACAGUGUGAAUUGUUUGCCAGCUCUGAGCCUGUGCCAGGAUUUCAGGGGGAUACCCUACAACUAGCAUUUAUUGACCUCAGACAACUUCUUGACCUGUUUAUGGUUUGGGAUUGGUCUACUUACCUAGCUGAUUAUGGACAACCAGCUUCAAAGUACCUUCGGGUGAAUCCGAACACAGCCCUUACUCUUUUGGAGAAGAUGAAGGAUACUAGCAAAAAGAACAAUAUAUUUGCUCAAUUCAGGAAGAAUGAUCGAGACAAACAGAAGUUGAUAGAGACAGUUGUGAAACAGCUAAGAAGUUUGGUGAAUGGUAUGUCCCAGCACACAUAGAUUUCACAUUGUUUAUACUCAGUGACACUAAUCUGUGACUGAGCAUUGAUCUCUAACAAGCACAGGUCAUGAUAUAAUAAUUUGUUUACAGAAUUCAAAAAAUACAGUAGAGAAAAUAUACUAAUGAGGGCUUAAAUAAGAAAUAGUUAUAAAUAUCAUUUGUAUGGAUUUUUAAAAAUUGAAUACUAUUUUAUAUAUGAAAAAUGUGAUUAAUUUUUUCAGUGUUGGGGGAAUAGGUAAAACUGUAAUAUAUAAAUUAUCAAAAAUUGUAUAUAAAACUGAUUGCAAAUGCAUUAGAAAAAUGUAUGCCUCUACUUAACAAGUUUUUUUUUUUUUCUUAUUUAAACUUGUGACCUUUGUGUUUUUUCUUCAGUAUAUGGUUUUGGAAUGCAAUCAUAUCUAAUGUGGGAAUAUUUCACUGUCAUUUUCUGACUAUUUUCAUCUUGAUGUGAUUUAAGUAGACUAAGCUUUUCAUUCUGCUGAUUCUGAGGGGAAAAUACACAAAUCUUUAAAGUAUCCUGAAAUCAAACUUAGUAAAGAAUGUGAAUUAUGUUCUACUUGGGUGCUUUAAUUCAAUCCUUCUGAAUAUGAAGGCAAGUUUGGAUUUUCUAAAGAUGUAGUGUUGUUUCUGUUCAUCAGAGUUAAUAUUUCUAUUUAUUUGUAGUUGAUUCCAUUCUAGAAUUGGUUUGGUUUGGUUUAAAUUAAAAGAUAGGACAGUUAACUGGGGUUAACCACAUUAGGUGCAGCUUGAAACUAGGAUAGAUAUGUUUUUUUCUACACACAGAAAUGAGCACAGGGGUCAGGUUACUUUAAAUAGCAAAUCUCAGUACUGUAUCUUCACUGUGCAAACAGACCAAAUCAACUGAACUCUGGAAACAAAACAACUGUACAUUUUCCUUUGUGUAAGUCACUGAUAUCCAAAUAGUAGUGUAAAUCUGCUCCUUAUUUUUCUCUUGGUUGUAUUUAUGCUGAAUACUUGCUUUGCAUUUUUGGUAUUUAUACCUGUAAGAAACUAUACCUGACUGUAAAAUAAGUGUCAAGAACUAUAUUUACAUCUCUUGAUUUUGUGGUGAAAUAUUAAAAAGAUUGAACAAGU